ACACCUGCCUACGUCACAUACAGCUGGUGAAUAUAUAUCACCGAACGAAUGGAAAAUCAUCCAUCCCAUCUCGCUCAUUCGUUUCAUCGUCCACGCCAUUCCAUUUCCUACCAUUAUCCUCCUCCUCCUCGCUUUUUUAAGAUCAACUGAUGGGUUCUGAAAUGGUGAUGGUGGACGGAAUCCCAUUUCCACCCCAUCUCAAUUUGAACAAUAACCAGCUCUCACUCAUGGGUCACGGGAUUACUGAUGUUGAGAUCCAUUUCCUCCAAAUAAAGUACACAGCAAUUGGAGUUUAUUUGGACCCUGAAAUUGUGUCACAUUUAAACCAAUUCAAGGGGAAAACACCAGCUGACCUCUCUCAAAACGAGGACUUCUUUGAAGCUAUUAUUAAUGCACCAGUGGAUAAAAUACUGAGAGUGGUGGUGAUAAAGGAAAUAAAAGGGUCGCAGUAUGGGGUGCAGCUAGAGAGUGGAGUGAGGGACUUUUUGGCAGAGGCUGAUAAAUAUGAUGAGGAAGAGGAAGCUGUUCUUGAGAAAGUAGAAGCAUUUUUUCAGUCCAAAUAUCUCAAGACAAAUUCUGUCAUCACAUUUACUUUCCCAGCAGCUAACACUGCCUCAGCUAAGAUUGUGCUGACAACAGAGGAGAAAGAUGAGUCGGGCAUUGAUGUGGAGAAUGCAAAUGUUGUUGAAAUGAUGAAGAAAUGGUAUUUGGGUGGAAGCAGGGCGGUCUCUCCCAGCACAAUCUCCUCCUUGGUCCAUACACUCUCCAUCUAAUCUUUCUAGCAAGCUCCCAUGGCUGUAAUAACUAGUGGCUGUAUUUUACCAUUUCUUGUCUUCAAUUCAAUAAAGUUUGUUUCAUUCUAUAUUUGUAAGAAUUAAUAUGUUUACUUGCUUGAGUAAAUUUUGGCCUGUAUCGGUUUAUCUCUUGAUUCUCUUCCAUAUGGAUGGACUCGACCCGGUGGCCCGACCCGGAACCGGCCCGGGACCAGCACCGUUCCGGCCCGACCCGACCCGGUGGCCCGGUCAGUGACCGGUCCGGGUAGGCCUGACCCGUGGGUUUUCCGAUCCGGGCUCGGGUCACCCAAAACAAGGCUCGACCUGGCUCGGGCCCGGUUCGGGCCAAAACUAUUUUUUUUUUCAAUUUUUUUUUAAAUUUUCGGGUUGAGCUAGGUAUUUUGGGCCAUUUGGGGUGGUUUGGGGGUUGGGGGUGGGAGGGGGUUAAUUAGGAAGAGAGGAAAAAAAAAUUGAUAAUGGGCCCGGCCUGGUCCGGACCUGUGGUUACCCGGGCCGGUCCCGGGUCCACCACUCCUGAACCGCCGGCCCGCCCCGGACCUGGCCCGGACCCGAGUCCACCCCUACUCUUCCAUGCUUAUUUCAUUUCCACUUUAGAAAUAAAUUUGCCAUUGAAUUUUACUUUUUUGAUGUUAUACGGAGUAUAUGUUAAUAAAUAGUUUGAAUAAAGGAUAUGUAUUUAGAAUUAAUGUAAAUUGUAAAUGAAGAAUUAUAUCUUAAAAUGAAU